CACACCAACACUGAGAGUUUCCACAGCACUGAGCUGAGCUUUACCUUCACCAUCAGCAGCAGCAGCAGCAGCAGAACAGUCAGGAGGAGCCUGUCAGUGGGUGUGCAUGUGUGCUUAUGUGUGUGUGUGUGUAACUCUAUCACUUCUCUACACAGUGCAGUAUUGCUUUACACUCUGUUCUGUGCACACUGGAAUACUUCAAUCUCUCUCUUUCUCUGUAUUUCUCUCUCUCUAAUUCUCUGUUUGUCUCUCGCCUGGUCCUAUCAUCCGGAGGAAGGAAUUCUAACAGGCCUGUUGCUCGGAGGGGAACACUUUUUUUUCCUCUGUCUUUAGCUCUUCCCCUCUCACACACACAUAUACAAACACACACACACAAUCAGUCACUCCUUCAGUGGACAGUCACCCACAGCAGGGGGAGCCGGUGGUGACACGGAGUGUGUGAGAGUGUGUGUUGUGGACCGAAGGGGACAUUAAGAGGGAGACAUGCUGAGAAACGGCACAGCUGGUUCGGUCACUACCACAGCCUCUCUGGAUCAGGGAAAUGAGAGGGAGGUCAGGAGGCUCAGACUGACUCUGCGCACUGACGACAUUCCAAAUGGACAGAAAGAGAAGACCACGAAGGACGCUUCACGCUCUGAGCAGAAGACGAUGAACGGCUCCUGGAAGAAGAAGAACGGUCUGAUGCAGAGAGAGAGACCACCAGGCAGAGAAUCACCUGUAGAAGAUAAGCACUCCUGUGGUGUGGUGAGCAAUGGUGUUGGACCCAGAGUGUUCGGGGUGGUGCAGCGGACGGGAGAGCAGCAGCAGCAGGAAGUGACUGCACGCGAGUGGCCAGUCAAUACCCUGCGAGACGAGAUGAGGUACAUCAGAGAGGUGCGAGACUCUCUGGAGAAGGUCAGAGAGCGAAUGUACGGCCAGUUUGGAGGAAUGCAGCAGUCCAUGCAGAAACUCUCUCAGGAGUUACGGAUGGCGAACUCUCAGAAGCGAUAUUUGGAGGCGGAGGUGAAGACGGGCAGAGCGGCUAUGGACAGUUUUGAUCAGAUGAACAGCAGUCUGAUAUCAGCCAACAUCGACCUGCAGAAAGCUCUGCUGGAUACCUGUAACGGGCGUGUGGGGAACAGGGAGGAGAUGAAGGCUCUGCGCAGCUCUUUUGAGAAAACAGAGGAGAGACUGAGGGAGCGGGAGAGACAGCUCGCUGCUGCUCAGGCUGAAAACCAGGCACUAAAACUACAGGUGGAGUCGUCGCAGGAGGCCAGUGCGCGAGCGGUGAAGGAGAUGAGUGCUAAACUGCAGCAGCAGUACGAGCAGCAGCUACAGGAACAGGAGAAGAAACACAGGCAGGAGAUCCAAGCUCUACAGGCUCAGCUGGAGGAGUACAUGAGGCGGCUGGAGGAGGCAGAGAGGAACGUGAAGCUGGCGGAGGAGAAGAUCGCUGAGAGAGAUCAGAGGAUCAGCGAGGUGGAGCGGCUGAUGAACUGCAUGGCUCAGGAAAAGAGCCAGCUAACGCAGCAACUCUGUGAAUGUGAGAAGCGACUGCGCUCUCUGAAUGGAGAAGACCAAGUAGACUCAGGUGCUCCUAAGGCAAAGUCUGAGCAGCUACAGUUACAGAGGGAAGCUUUGGAGCUAAAAGAGAGAAUAAAGCACCUGAAUGACAUGGUGUUCUGCCAGCAGAGGAAGGUUAAGAGCAUGAUAGAAGAGGUGGAAACCCUGAGAGCCAGCGUGGCCCAGAAGGACAUGUACAUAUCAGAUCUGCUGGAUAGGAUAGCGAUAGUGGAGUGUGAGAAUAAUGAGUUAGAAGACAAGCUGAAGUAUUUUAUGUCUGUACAGAGCGCCAGCGAGAAUAAACCCCUCACCAGAGAGAUUGGCGUGGGCUGCGACUUGCCUGUUAGCCGGCCUGACGCUCAGGCCUCUGAGACUCCGGUCCAGUCCAGGCCCGCCCCGUCAGCGCCGAGACCCCCGAGCAGACUGGACUACAGUUUACUGCGAUACACACCGCUACAGUACAGCAGCAUGCUCACGGGGCCAUACACUCGGGACACUGCUACUAGUCCUACAGAAAACACCACACAUUCAGAUUCAGCCCGGCCCAGUGAUGAGGGAGUGACCUUAUUAUCAUCAUCAUCAUCCUCCUCCUCAUCCUCCCCAGAGUCAGAACUGUCCUCCUCCUCCAGCAAGAGCCGGGCCACAUCCAACCCAUCCAAGAUCUACACGCCGUUUAUGAGGCUAAUGGAGAUCACAGCUAAACUGAAUGUAGAAUAAGCUAAAGUGAAGUGAAGGGUGCAGUGCCCUGAAUCAGACAGUAAAUAUGUAUUUGUAUAUAUUUUUCCUUUUCAUUUUGUAACAUAAAUUAAAUUAUAUCCUGAUCUGUGAAUAACUUUUAUAAAUUUUAUUUUAGUAGCAUGUGUGGAUGCACUUUUUCUUUUUUGUUAUUUUGUUUACAAAUAUGUAUAUUUGGCUUUAUGGUAUGGAAUUUGGAAAGUCUGUAUUACUCUGUAUUUUACAGUUUUAUACGUUUAUUUUCAGUUUCCUAAUGUUCUGGUUACAGCUUUGAAUUACUUUCUUACACAAAUAAAUAAUAAAUAAUAUCUUGUAGUAUAAUGUAGUAGUAUUCAUAUUAUAACAGGCUCCCUGUAAGUCAGAGGUGUGGGGUGUAAUACAGCGCUGUGAUGGUCAGUAAUUGGCUGGAUUAUUAGAAGUGUGCCAAUGGCAUCAGAUCAUUUUCACUGCCAGAAAGAAGCAAGAGACGAGGACCAAAUCCCUCCACAUUGCCACUGUGUGUGUUUAUAAGGGUACAACUUUAAUAAAGAGAUUAUCUGCACAAAGUG